AUGAGCGCCCUCAAAGUUCGCUUCCCGUCUUAUUCUGCUGUUGCCAACAUGGUUCUCCUGGGAAUCCUGGGCUCAGUAAGACCGGCCUGUUCCGUUCAUGACCCUGAGACUUACAUGCUUCCUGUUGUGAUUGGCAGAUCGGGCACAGUCAGUGCUUAA